AUGGAACAAGAUAGACUUUUCAGAUUCCCAGGUUUUAAAUUACCAAAUUCUACAGCUUUAAGAUCAAUUGGUGUAUAUGCUUCAGGUGCAUUGUAUGCUAUUGGAUUUUGGGCUUUUAUUGAUGCUGUGAUAUAUAGUAAGACUGUGAAUGCUUCAGAUGUUCAUGUUACAUUUGUUGAUUGGAUUCCAAUAAUUUGUUCAACUUUAGGGAUGUUGAUUGUUAAUUCAAUUGAAAAAAAUAAACUAUUAAAUGAUGCACUUGGUGGUUCAAGUUUUGGAGGUUCAAGUUCUGUUGCAUGGCAAGCUAAAGUUGUUUUAUUCUUGGGAUUUUCUUUAUUAGCUGGUGGUAUUGCAGGUUCAAUUGUUGUAUUAAUUUUAAAGUUCUUAGUUAAAGGUUAUAAUACUUUCCCAACUGUUGGUAUGGGUGUUUCAAAUGUUGUUGCAAAUGGUUCAAUUAUGUUGAGUUGUAUUGUCUUAUGGAUUGCUCAAAAUAUUGAAGAUGAAUAUUCUUAUUCUUUAGCUUUAUAA